AUGACAAAGCAUAAGACUGACACAUACUCGAUAGAGGCGGUGACGGGUCAUGAGGAGUGUGUGGAGGCCCUGCUGCAGCACAGCGCCAGCUUCCUGGUUCGGGACUGUAAGGGGCGGACCCCUGUCCACCUGGCGGCGGCAUCCGGACACACCGGGGUGCUGGGGGGCUCCACACGCCCGCCCAGUCAGUGGAGACCCUCCCGUCAUCACAGACAACCAGGGCUACACGCCACUACACUGGGCCUGCUACAACGGACCCCCCUGCAUGCGGCGGCUUUCACGGACCACGUGGAGUGUCUUCAGCUGCUGCUAGGCCACAACGCCCAGGUCAACUCCCCCGAUGCCUCCGGGAAGACCUCCCUCAUGAUGGCUGCUGAGAACGGACAAACCAACGCUGUCGAGCUGUUGGGGAGCAGUGCCAAAGCAGAGCUCAUCCUGCAGGAUGCAGUCAAGAACACUGCUCUUCAUCUGGCCUGCAGUAAGGGGCAUGAAACCAGUGCUUUGUUGAUAUUGGAGAAGAUUACAGACAGGAACCUCAUCAACUCGACUAACGCAGCCUUACAGACGCCGUUACACGUUGCAGCCAGAAAUGGUCUGACGGUGGUGGUUCAGGAGCUACUAGUGAAGGGUGCUAAGCGUGCUCGCAGUUACACGCCUGCCUUGGCCUGCGCCCCCAAAAAGACGUGGCACUGCCUGGGCGCGUCAAUCCUGGCCACCAUGAUGCCCCCCUCCAAGAGUGUGACCUUCGACAGCCUGCCCGUGCUGCGUAGCGAGCACAGCUCCUACUGCAGCUUCAACAACAUCGGCCACCGCGAACACGAUGGAGGCUUCUACAAGGAUGAGGAACUCAACGACUCAGACUCAGAGACAUACUGA